AUGAAGGCGACAAGAGCAUUGCGAGCCGCAGGCCGGCUGCACACCGCGGCAGCCCCAACGGCGCGGCCACGCAGCUCCACAGGCCUGCUCCGGCGGCCGGCUCUGAUGCGCGGGUCACAGACGAAGAGCGCUCGGAGCUCACUAUCACGGCCCGGCAUCGGUGCCUGGGCUCAGACGGCGGCGGCCGGGCUACCGUCCAGGUCUACGGCCGGUGCGCGGCAGCCGUACAGCACCGACAAGCUGAUGGGCCACGACGAGUGCCUGGUGUCUUCCGAGGCGCCGGGCUUCGCCUUCGUCUUCGACAUCGACGGCGUGCUGCUGCACGUGGCCAAGCCCAUCCCGGGCGCGUCCGAGACGCUGCGCUACCUGCACGAGCACAACAUCCCCUUCAUCCUGCUGACCAACGGCGGCGGCAAGCCCGAGGCGGAGCGGGUGCGGGACCUCGGCGAGCGGCUCGGCGUGCACCUCACGACGGCCAACUUUGUCCAGUCGCACACGCCCUUCCAGGACCUGGUCGCGGGGCCCGAGGGCCUCGGCGACAAGACCAUCCUGGUCACGGGGUCGGACCCGGAGAGGACGCGGCGCAUCGCCGAGGGCUACGGCUUCAAGAUGGUCGUCACGCCCGCCGACAUCCUCGCCGCGCAGCCGGCGAUCUGGCCGUUCGACCCGCUGCUGGAGUCGGCCUACGCGGCCACGGCGCGGCCGCUGCCCAAGCCGCUCUGGGAGCCGGGCAUGGCCGACGGGGACGCGCUGCGGCUCGACGCCAUGUUCGUCUUCAACGACCCGCGCGACUGGGCGCUCGACAUCCAGAUCAUCGUCGACGCGCUGGCGUCGCGCGGCGGGCUGCUGGGCACGUACUCGGCGCGCAACGGCCGGGCGGACCUCGGGCCCGGCGAGGGGUGGCAGAGCGACGGCCAGCCGGCGCUGUACUUUAGCAACGCCGACCUGCUCUGGUCGGCCGGCUACCACCUGCCCCGGUUCGGGCAGGGCGCGUUCCAGGCCGCCGUGGCGGGCGUGUGGGAGCGGCUGACGGGCGGGGUGGCGCUGCGGCGCACGGUCAUCGGCAAGCCGUACGCCGAGACGUACCGGUACGCGGAGCGCGUGCUGGCCGAGUACCGCCGCGAGGUGCUGGAGCGGACCGCCGGGACUACUGUCGGGGCUGCAAACGGGGCCGGGGAGGAGCUGCGGGCCGUGUACAUGAUCGGGGACAACCCGGAGAGCGACAUCCGCGGGGCCAACGAGUACGAGAGCGAGGCCGGCACCGAGUGGUGCUCCGUGCUGGUGCGGACGGGCGUCUGGAGCCCCGAGCGCGGCGGCGGGGGCCGCAUGGCGUACCGGCCGACGAGCAUCGCCGACGACGUGCGCGCGGCGGUGCGGUGGGCGCUCAAGAGGGAGGGGUGGGAGGGCCCGCCGUUGUGA